AUGGGCCCACUUGCUCCCGGGCUAGGCCGGAUCUUUACCAGCUGCAAGUACGGAGCGCAGUGCAGGUUCGUGCACGCGUCCUCUCAGCAGCAGCAGCAGCAGCAGCAGCAGGCGAAGCCCAACCCGUUUGGGUUCGGCUCUCAGCAGCAGCAGCAGGCGAAUCCCAACCCGUUUGGGUUCGGCUCUGGGAGCAGGCAGCAGCAGCAGCACUCUUCCUUCGGUGCGCAGUUCCAGCAGCAGCAGCAGCAGAAGCCCAAUCCGUUUGGAUUUGGAGUACAAGGCGGUGCGGCUGCGCAGUCCAGAAACGCUCCUGGCCCAGCAAAGCCAUUUCAAAAUAAGUGGGUAAGGGACCCCUCAGCUCCGACGAAGCAACAGGAAGCGGCGCAGCCUCCACCAGCAGCCCACACCUCCUGUACAGAUCCUGAGUCUUGCAGACACCAGAUUGCUGAGGAUUUUAAGAAUGAGACUCCACUCUGGAAGCUUACGUGUUAUGCUCACCUCAGGAGUGGUCCUUGUGACAUCACUGGGGAUAUUAGCUUUGAAGAGCUGAGAGCUAAAGCGUAUGAGGAAGGCAGGCAAGGGCAUCCUCUACAGUCAAUAGUCGAGGGUGAAAGAAAUUUGCAAAAUGCAAAGCUGACAGAGUUUAAUAAUUUUCUGAGCAAUCCACGCCUAUCGGUAUCACAAACUCCAAGCUUUCCAACUGUGGCUUCGUUCCCUGAAGUGAAAAAUAACUCACCAUUUGGGGUUUCUCAAAAUAACGGACCACCAGUGUUUAGUAGUUUCAGUCAAAUUGGAGCAGCAUCUAAUAUUGGACCUGGGUCCAGAACUACACCAGGAGUCCCAACCAAUAGUAUUUUUGGUCAAUCUAACCAGCCGAGCCAUCCAGCAUUUCCUACACCUACUUUUGGCCGUUCUGAUAUGAAAUUUGGAGUUUCAGGUUCAUUUGGAAGCCAGAUAUCACAACAGUCAUCUGGGAGUUUGCAAGGCUCAAACAUGCCCAGUGUUGGCAAUUUCCCAAAGCCUCAUGCUAGCUACCAGCAGUCCCCUUCCUCCUCUAGCCAUCACAGAGACAUUGAUAGGCAGUCACAAGAUUUACUUAGUGGAAUUGUGGCUCCUACAAGUGCCACAAACCAAGCUCCUGUUGAGGACAAUAAAAGUGAAAAUCAGGAUGAUAGUAUCUGGUUGAAGGAAAAAUGGUCAAUUGGAGAGGUUGAUGACCAUAACAGCAUAGCAAAUUGGAGGACAUAA